AUGGAGGCCUACCCGUUCCAGUACACCGAGCACAACCUCCCGCUCGUACUCCUAUCUGGAUUUGGAGAACACGAAUCAUCUGGAGGAGCUUCCCAAUUACCUCGCCAGGAAUCUGGAGCGCGGAUCAUCACUGAAUCUUCAGAAUGUGAAAAUGGAAGACUUCUGCAAGAGUUCCUCGCCCUCGAUGGAUCUGACCGGGCGUGGAACGCGGCGAGUCUGCCUGGACCGAGUGGGACGAUUCGCUACAGGAUGAAGACUAUCGGGAGGUCAUAUACUCUACCAGCCAGGAAAGCCGCUCCGUUGCCUCAGCCUGCGACAGAUGGUGGAGGGAGUCCGCCUCCUCGUAAUAAGGAGUUACAUUCUCCUCUCUCGCCUCUUUCGCCUGGAUCGCCGGUCUUUCCAGAUGGUGUCAUGACGCCUUUGUGGUUUUCGAAGCACCAGGAGCAGGUUCCGGCGAUCUUCCUGGCCUUUUUCAAUCUCAAUGCCGGAGAAGGCGCUACGCAGGACGAGCAGAUCAAGUCUGAUAUCAACGCGACUCGAAAUGCGCUCUCGAGAUCAGGAUUCAAGACUCGCUUUGCUGCUGUACUCAUCUCGGAUUCGAGUAUUUUGCACGCGCCAGAGUUGGAAGAUCGACUUGCGAGUAUACGGCGCGCUACGACUCUGGAUCCGAAGACUGGGCUUUUCUUCGUGCCGCCGAUGUCGUCUCAGGCGGAAAUCGCUACUUACGUACAGACGCUGAUGGCGGCAUUGCAGCCACUUUGCGUGGAGUAUUAUCGUGACUUGACAAAGCACGCUCGACGGAAGAAGGCUCGAGGAGGACCACCUCCGCAAGUGAACUCACCUGUGGGCGGUGCAUCGCAGAGUACGUCAACCUCAGGCUGGAAUGUUCGGUAUGAGAUCAAACAGGCCGUCUUUGCAGAGUUUCGUCAAGAAAUGGACGUCGCAGAAAGGCACUAUUCAGCGGCGAUCGAGGAGCUUUUCUCUUCUGAAGGUGGCGUGCUGGAAACGACACACAGCUGGAGUCCAAGAUUCAACGAGGCACGAUUACUAUGCGACGCAGCGGCGAUGAGAGUCAUUAGAUGUCAGCUCUGGCAUGGUCAAACCACUGGGGCUGCGCAGAGCUGGACCAACUACAAGCUCAGGAUGAGAGACCUGAUUGACCGAAGAGGGAAAGGCAGCGAAACGUAUAGCUGGGAGGCAUGGGAAGCACGCUGGGCGCAGGCCAUGAGUCAACUGAUACAGAUGGCUGACGUGCCUGCACUGCGGAGAGCUGAAGCAGAUGAACCCAUUCAGCAGGUAUACUCGAUGCCAGAAAGGCCCAUAGAUCGACUGCCGCCUUUCAAUUUCCUACAUCAUUCUGGAUACUGGUUACGACUUACAGCAAGAGGGAUAAGAGCGAGAUGGGAGAGAGCGAUUGCCAUUCCUGAGGAAGAUCGAAUCCCACCGGGACAAUCACCAGCUUCGAUGGUUGCGAGCCGGUCGAAGAAUUACGAUUCGUACCUUGCGCUGGAUCCCCACGAGGAGAUGCCCUUAGCCGGAGAGCCAGCAUAUGAUCAUGCCAAUGAGCUGGGGAAAGCGUGUAUUCAGGCAGCCGAGGAAUUCGAAGCUAGACGACAGAUGCGAAUGAGCGAGCAAACACGACUAGACCUCGCAGAUGACCUAGUACGAUCCGGACGACAUUCAGAUGCUUUGAAGGUCCUCACACGCCUCUGGGAGGAGUCAACAUGGCGAGAAGACGAAUGGCUCACCCCAUUUAGAAGUCUACUGCAAUUGCUUUCUGAGUGCGCCAGGAAACAACAGACUCCGGAGAAUGCAAGACUUAUUCCUGCUUUGACAUGGGAGUUGCUCAGCGUAGCACCCGUGGACAUGCCUGAGAGCGUCUUGGAUAUUGGGCAGUGUCUUGACACCUGGGAUCUUGAACAAGACAUUGAACUAAAUAUCAGCGACAAGAACAGGCUAAGUCCAAUCUCGAUAUCGUUCGCCUGGAAAGAUCUUGAAAGCCACGUAGGGGAGCCGAUGGAAUGCCAGCUUAUUCUGGCAUAUGAGACAAGCAAGGCAUCGAAACCGGUUAAAAUCUCGAAUCUGGAAUUCAUGGUUGGCGGCAAGAUCGUCAGGAUACGACAUGAAGCGAACAGCGGUCCCCAGGAAUUUGUGGAAGUGCCUCAACCAAAAGAGCUUGAUGACGGGUCACUGGAAACAACAGCAGACCUUACCUUUCAACCAUCGCAAAGGAAGAUUCUCAAUCUUUUCCUAAAUCUUCGUGAGGCUCAGGUCUUGUCUAUCAGCGAAGCCAAGCUCUUGAUCGAAGCCUCAAAGUUCAAAUUGACGCACCAGUUCGAUCAGGACGCAAUCCAACCAAGCCCACGCUGGUACGUGAAGAAAAGCGGCGAAGUGAAAAGCGUGCAGCUUGCACACAUGGAUGCCAAAUCCAUCAAUGUGCUGCCCAAGCCCCCGAAGAUGCAGGUACAUAUUCACGGCUUGAGGAAACAGUACUUCACCGACGAGCAAGUUCGGCUCUCGGUCGAGCUUGUCAACGAGGAAACGGAAGCUGUUCAUGCAACCAUCGCACCGAAGGUCAUCGGCCAAGCAGGGGAGACGACGACCUUCAAAUGGGCAGACGCAGAUGACGAGGAACCAGUUCGUACGUUUACGGACAUGGAUGCAGACGCUACGCAGACCGCGGACUUGACGAUUCAGGGGCCUCCUGAGGCAGUGAGCUUUACUCUCACACUUGAUCUGAGGUAUACUCUACUGUCUGAUCCGAGCACACCGUUGGCGAAGACAGUCAGCGUGGAGUUACCCUUCGUCAUGCCAUUCGACGCGAAGUUCACGUUUAUCCCAAGGCUACACCAGGAGGAAUGGCCCAGCUACUUCAACGCCCGCACCAUCAAUGGCAGCCAGGAGUUAGCAGUCGGGAUCCCACAACAAUGGAAACUCGGGGCUCAAAUCAUCAGCCUGGUCAACGACAAUCUCACCGUCGAAAGAGCCGAGCUAGUCCUCCACAGCGUCCAAGGCGACGCAACCUGCAGCAUCCCCAACCCAUCCACGACCUCCCAACAACCCCUCCCAGCCAACAACAGCAUAACGCCAACCUUCGCCCUCACGACAACAAAACACUCCCUUGACGACCGCCGCCCCAGCUACCUCGACCUCUCGCUCCACGUAGCCUGGUCCCAACCCUCUUCACCCUCAACAACCUCAAAAACAACCAUCCCCAUCCCCCGCCUCACAAUCCCCACCUCCGAACCCCGCGUCCUCUGCACCACCAACCCUCAAGACACCGUCCCCUCCUCCUCCACCCUCGCCCUCACCUACCACCUCGAAAACCCCUCCACGCACUUCCUAACCUUCGCCCUCACCAUGGAAGCCUCCUCCGAGUACGCCUUCAGCGGGCCCAAAUACCGCACCCUCUCCAUAGCCCCCCUGAGUCGGCACCGGGUGGAUUACAAUCUCUUUUUGCAUGAAGAUUUUGAUGGGGAGAGGGAAAGGGAAGGCAAAGAGGGUGUCUGGAAGAAUGUCAAUCUGCAGGUGGUGGAUUCGUAUUAUCAGAAGAAUUUGAGGGUGCAUCCUGGUGGGGAGCGGGUGAGGGUUGAUUCCGGGACGAGGGAGGUGCAGGUGCGGUUUGGGGGAUAG